UUUUAAAUACUUAUUUUGACACAACAAACCGGAAGCGUGUUGUUUGGCUGUGGCUAAACUGAAACUGCUCAGACCAAAGAUCCGCUCGCCCAGUUCCCAGGAUAAGGAAUGCAGCGCUGGUAGCCAUCCAUACCGAAGUUUUUAAGGCAUCUCUCCCAUCAUUGUUCGAGUCAGCACCAUGGCUGGCUUCAGGCAGGAGGAUGUAGAGCUGUAUUAUGAGAUGGGGGAGGAGCUGGGCAGUGGGCAGUUUGCCAUCGUCCGUAAGUGCAAAGAGAAGAGCACGGGUAUCGAGUAUGCAGCCAAAUUCAUCAAGAAGCGCCGCCUGUCGUCCAGCCGGCGGGGUGUGAGCCGUGAGGAGAUUGAGCGCGAGGUCAACAUCCUGCGGGAGAUCGAGCACAGCAACAUCAUCACCCUGCACGAUAUCUUCGAAAACAAGACGGACGUCAUCCUGAUCCUGGAGCUGGUGUCCGGCGGGGAGCUGUUUGACUUCCUGGCUGAGAAGGAGUCUCUGACCGAGGAGGAGGCCACGCAGUUUCUGAAGCAGAUCCUGGACGGAGUUCAGUACCUUCACGUCAAACGCAUCGCCCACUUCGACCUGAAGCCUGAGAACAUCAUGCUUCUGGACAAGAAUGUGCCCAACCCCAGGAUCAAGCUGAUCGAUUUUGGGAUCGCUCACCAGAUCAAAGCUGGAAACGAGUUCAAAAACAUCUUUGGAACACCAGAGUUUGUCGCGCCAGAAAUAGUCAACUACGAGCCACUUGGCCUGGAGGCAGACAUGUGGAGCAUCGGAGUGAUCACGUACAUUCUGUUGAGCGGCGCAUCGCCAUUUCUGGGUGAGACCAAGCAGGAGACUUUAACCAAUAUUUCUGCUGUUAACUACGACUUUGAUGAGGAGUAUUUCAGCAACACCAGCGAGCUGGCCAAGGACUUUAUACGCCGUCUGCUGGUCAAGGAUCCAAAGAAGAGAAUGACAAUAAAUGAGAGUCUUGAGCAUUCCUGGAUUAAGGUGAUCAAGAGACGGAACGUUCGGCAGGAGGACAGAGACCACAAGACGGAGCGUCGGCGUCUGAAGACCACACGGCUGAAGGAGUACACCAUCAAGUCCCACUCCAGCAUGCCUCCCAACAACACCUACGUGAACUUUGAGCGCUUCUCCCAGGUGCUUGAAGAGAUAGCAGUGGCAGAGGAGGGCCUGAAAGAGCUGGAGCGCAACCAGCGCUCCUGCCAGGAGGAUGUAGUGGCUCUGCUGUCCAUAUAUGAGGAGAAGGAGGGCUGGUACAAGGAGGAGAACCAGAGUAUCUCUGCCGACCUGAGCCACAUUCGCCAGGAGCUGCAGCGCACGCAAUCCCAGCGCAAGAAGUGCCAGGAGGACACCCGGCAAACUAUGCAGAGCGCCAACACCCUCAAGCGCAAGUUUGGGCGGCUGGAAAACCGCUAUGAGGUCCUGGUUGAGCAGGUGGCCUCUGAGGUUCGCUGGGUGGAGGAGCUGAUCAAGUCCGUGUCCAUGGAGAUGGAUGGUUUCGGUUCUGGCAGCAUGCCCUGAGUAGGACGAUGUCACACACUGUCAUCUUCCAACGCUGUGCUGCUGCUCAUCUGAAACACUCCUUCCUUUGUAGGUCAAGAGGAUAGAAUGUUGAAGUCAUUCCCAUACAUUUUAUAAAUUAAUUUAUUAUUUUAGACCUUUGAUGUUCUGUAAAUCAGCUGUUGUUGCAAUCUGAGAGUUGGAAUGCAUCUUUUUUACCACUUUAUUAUUUUAAGAACUUUUUUAGUCUUUUUUUUCUUUUUUUCCAAGUUUGCAUCAUUAUUUAAGAAAGUUCCCCAAUAUACAUGUACAAUACUAGAUUUAUGAGGGAUUCAGGGGUAUUUAUUCAUACAGCUACAUGCUUUUGUUGGUUUCAGUCGACAUUUAAAGUCUCCCUGAUGUCUGGACUGAGACUUUCAGCACAGCUUUAGGGUAACGCUUUGUUUUACAGGUUAUAAUUUAUUUAAAAGUGGUUCUCUUUUAUGUUAAAUUGGUGCCAAAUAUUGUCUUCCAGGAAUUAUUCUCGAAAAUUAUCAUUAAAUCAAUCUGAAUCAGAUUACAGACCUGUAAAGUAAAGCUGCCUGAUUUGGGAAUGUAUAAACUAGUAUUUGCAGUGCCUGAGGUGCCUCGCUGAGCGAUCACCUGCCAUCAAGCUAACAGCAUUUUUGCCACAUUUAGUCUUAAACUGCAGCUGCUUUUGCACAGUAGUCAUGUAAACCAAAUGGUGCAUGGAAACCUUUUCAGUGUAUAAACUGCAGGAUUUAUGCUUCAUCUCUGCACAUGCAAUACAUUCCAUCAGUUUCUCAUCUAGCAUCUACAUUCCCUGUAAAUAUAACAAAAAGCAUAUAUUAUAUAUGUAUAGUCUGUAGUAUCCUGUACUCAUCUGCACUUCUAAUAAAGCAGUGUUUCAGAAUUAA